AAUCGGUGGGCAGAUUAUGGUGCGACUAGAGGAAAGUGAGGUGGUCGGGGCUGCUAGCAGAAACUGGCUCAGGUAAAAGGCGAACUGACAGGAAAAGCUGCGUUAUUCGUGGGUUCGACUCGAAUUCAUCACUUCAGGGAGGUGUAACGUUCACUUACAAGAACCUGUUCUAUCCAGCGAUACAAUGUCUGCGAAAGCCAUAUCAGAGCAGACCGGGAAGGAGUUCUUGUACAAGUACAUCUGCUCCUCAGCUGCUGUGCAGAACCGUUUCCGCUAUGCUAAUAUAACCCCAGAGACUGAUUGGGACCGUCUCACACAGGACCACCCAUGGCUGUUGACUGAAAGGCUGGUGGUGAAGCCGGAUCAGCUGAUUAAACGGCGUGGGAAGCUGGGGCUGGUGGGCAUCGACCUGGACCUCCAGGGAGUCAAAGAAUGGCUUAAAGGUCAACUUAUGAAAGAAACCACAGUGGGAAGGGCAAAAGGCGUGUUGAGGAACUUCCUCAUUGAGCCAUUUGUUCCACACACACAGGAAGAAGAGUUUUAUGUGUGCAUCUACGCCACACGUGAGGGCGACCAAGUACUCUUUCACCACGAAGGUGGAGUGGAGGUCGGUGACGUGGACACCAAGGCCCAGAGGCUGACCGUAGCCGUGGAUGACAAACUGAGUGAUGCCCAAGUCAAAAAGCAGCUCCUCACACACGUUCCUGAUGACAAGAAAGGAGUCCUGGCAAAUUUUAUUGUGGGGCUCUUCAACUUGUAUGAGGACCUCUACUUCACCUACCUUGAGAUCAACCCCCUGGUCCUUACAAAAAAUGGAGUGUAUGUCCUCGACAUGGCAGCCAAGAUUGACGCUACAGCAGAUUUUAUUUGCAAGUCCAAGUGGGGUGAUGUGGAGUUUCCUCCACCAUUUGGCAGAGAAGCAUACCCAGAGGAAGCCUACAUCGCAGAUCUGGAUGCAAAGAGUGGUGCUAGUCUGAAGCUGACCCUGCUGAACCCACAAGGCAGGAUUUGGACCAUGGUGGCUGGAGGAGGUGCCUCAGUGGUCUACAGUGACACAAUCUGUGACUUGGGUGGUGUGGAUGAGCUGGCCAACUAUGGCGAGUACUCUGGUGCACCGAGUGAACAGCAGACCUACGACUAUGCAAAAACCAUCCUGUCUCUAAUGACUCGUGAGAAACAUCCUCAAGGAAAAGUGCUGAUAAUUGGAGGAAGCAUUGCAAACUUCACCAACGUAGCGGCCACAUUCAAGGGCAUCGUCAGGGCCAUUAAAGAUUACCAAGGUCCUCUAAAGGAGCAUGAGGUCUCCAUAUUUGUGCGCCGUGGCGGACCCAACUAUCAGGAAGGGCUAAGAGUGAUGGGGGAAGUAGGGAAGACCACAGGUAUUCCGAUUUAUGUGUUUGGAACCGAGACCCACAUGACGGCCAUUGUCGGCAUGGCUCUGGGCCAGCGGCCAAUCCCCAAUAUACCUCCAGUUGCUGCCCACACUGCCAACUUUCUCCUCAAUGCCAGCAACAGUGCAAUGACUCCAGCUACAUCAAGAACCGCUUCGUUCUCGGAACCCAAAACUUCAAAUGACGUCACCCCACCCAAAAAGUCAAAAGCAGGUCUUCCACCAGAGUCUCUUCAUUCUUUACUGUGGCCUCUGAGGAAUAUGGUCACAGGCAGUUGGAAAGAAGCUCAAACUUCUUCAGGCUGCAGUGGAGCCAAAGCAACCACGCUGUUCAGUAAACACACCAAGGCCAUUGUCUGGGGCAUGCAGACACGUGCUGUGCAGGGCAUGCUGGAUUUUGACUAUGUGUGCUCCCGAGACCAACCAUCCGUGGCUGCCAUUGUGUACCCUUUCACUGGAGAUCACAAGCAGAAGUUCUAUUGGGGCCACAAAGAGAUCCUACUGCCUGUCUACAAGAACAUGGCUGACGCCAUGAAGAAGCACCCCGAGGUAGACGUCAUGAUCAGCUUCGCUUCGCUGCGUUCAGCUUACGACAGCACACUGGAGGCCAUGCAGUACCCACAGGUUCACACCAUCGCCAUCAUAGCUGAGGGCAUCCCAGAGGCUCAGACCAGAAAGUUGAUAAAGAUUGCCGAUGAGAAAGGCGUCACUAUCAUUGGUCCUGCUACGGUUGGUGGGAUCAAGCCAGGUUGUUUUAAGAUCGGCAACACUGGCGGCAUGCUAGACAACAUCCUGGCGUCCAAACUGUACCGUCCUGGGAGCGUGGCGUAUGUGUCACGCUCUGGAGGCAUGUCCAACGAACUGAACAACAUCAUCUCGCGCACCACAGAUGGUGUUUAUGAAGGUGUAGCCAUCGGAGGAGACAGAUAUCCAGGUACUACUUUCAUGGACCAUGUCCUACGCUAUGAGGACACUCCAGGGAUUAAGAUGAUAGUAGUGCUGGGAGAGAUUGGAGGCACAGAUGAGUACAAAAUCUGCCAGGGCAUCAAAGAGGGCAGGAUCACUAAACCCGUUGUGUGCUGGUGUAUUGGAACAUGUGCCACCAUGUUUGCUUCAGAGGUUCAGUUUGGCCAUGCAGGAGCUUGUGCCAACCAGGCCUCAGAGACAGCAGUGGCCAAGAACCAGGCUCUGAGGGAGGCUGGAGCUUAUGUACCAAAGAGCUUUGAUGAGCUGGGGGAUGUUAUCAAGACUGUUUAUGACAGACUGGUGGCCGAUGGCACAAUCGUUCCUGCGCAGGAAGUUCCUCCUCCAACUGUACCCAUGGAUUAUUCCUGGGCUCGGGAGUUAGGCCUGAUCCGGAAACCAGCAUCCUUCAUGACGAGCAUUUGUGAUGAGCGAGGCCAGGAGCUCAUCUACGCCGGCAUGGCAAUCACUGAGGUCUUUAAAGAGGAGAUGGGCCUGGGAGGAGUGCUGGGCUUGCUCUGGUUCCAGCGCAGGCUGCCGCGCUACGCCUGUCAGUUCAUCGAGAUGUGCCUGAUGGUGACUGCUGAUCAUGGACCUGCUGUUUCCGGUGCUCACAACACAAUCGUCUGUGCUCGUGCUGGCAAAGACCUCAUCUCGAGCCUCACGUCUGGCCUGCUCACCAUCGGGGACCGCUUUGGAGGCGCUCUGGAUGCUGCAGCAAAGCAGUUCAGCAAGGCGUUCGACAGCGGCAUGCUGCCCAUGGAGUUUGUCAACAAGAUGAAGAAGGAUGGCAAGCUGAUCAUGGGCAUUGGGCACAGGGUCAAAUCGAUCAACAAUCCAGAUAUGCGAGUGCAGAUACUGAAGGACUUUGUUAAGGAACACUUUCCGUCGACCCAGCUGCUAGACUACGCACUAGAAGUGGAGAAGAUCACUACUUCCAAGAAACCUAACUUAAUCCUCAACGUAGAUGGUUUUAUUGGCGUUUCCUUUGUGGACCUGCUUAGAACGUGUGGAGGCUUCACACGGGAUGAAGCGGAUGAGUUUGUGGAAAUCGGCGCACUCAAUGGGAUCUUUGUUCUUGGCCGUAGUAUGGGCUUUAUUGGGCAUUACCUGGAUCAGAAGAGGCUGAAGCAGGGUCUCUACCGCCACCCUUGGGAUGACAUCUCCUACGUGCUCCCUGAGCACAUGUCUAUGUAAACAUCUCAUCAUGGCACUCACUUAUGGUGGUGCCAGUUCGGAAGCAUCGUCUCGGUUAACAUGACAGUAGGGUCCGGUAACGACAGCUGCUGCUGGGGGAUCUUCUACCAAUUGAGGGAUCUGGGUAGACAUUUUAAUUUUACGUUUUGAAAAGGAAAAGGGUGAAGGAUAUUUUUAGAUUUAGUUUUUGAUGAGAUAUUUAACAAAUUUAGACAUUAACCAUCUUUCACUGUAAUUAGUUUGUCUGCGUCAGUCUUUUUUUGUGCUGAAUUGAGCUUUUUGGCCUUAUUGAGCACCAUACCUUAGUUAGAAAUAAAAAUGUUUAUCCUCUCCAGAUUUGUCACCAGUAUCCAAACCAAAGGUAAUUAUGGUUAAAUGUUUUUGUUGAAACGGUGUACCAUCUGUCAUAAACGUUUAACUUGAUUAUAAAUUAAGGGAAAAAUAAACAACUAAGGAGUUGGUGUCAGCUUUGCUAUUCCUGGAACAACCACGUUUACAGCCCGAUUUCUCCAUGAAUGGUUGAAUGUCCUCAGUUAAUGUGAAUUAGGUGGUUUUACUUGUUGCAGUUCUGAAUUACUUUGUCUUAAAUUCCCGAAUGACUCUACAUCUUGCCGUUUUGUAACAGAGUUAUUCAUGAUCGAGCCCCUUGAGUCCUGGGGGAACCAGUUAGCCGAGGGACUAUGACAGCAGUUUGCCUUACUUGUGGAAGUUAUCCUACAUAAUAGAAGUCUGUUCUGUAACGGUUACCUGUGGCCCCCGCUGUGUUCGGUCUUUAUUUUGCUUAUUAUAUUAAACUGUGAAAAGUGCUUUGUUUUUGUAAUAUGCUGACACCUAGUGGUACAAUAAUAAAUUAUUUUAAAUUCUUA